AAAUCUUUGAAGUUAGUGAAUGGCUUUCACGCCUACAGCUUCAUCAGAGUUACCUCCCUUGUAAUAUAUCCACGUCAUGGCAGCGAUAACGAAGAGUUUGAGUUCUGUUAAAGGCAAAGUAGUGCUUGUCACAGGAGCGAGUUCUGGUAUUGGCGCGGGGACAGCAAUACUUCUGGCAGACUAUGGAGCUAAGUUGUCAAUCACAGGGCGUAACCAUGACAAUCUACAGAAAGUAGCCAAUCAGUGCUACGAAAGAGGUCUUGGUAAAGGCGAUGUUCUGACCACCAUAUGUGACCUGAGUGAGGAGGGCAGCAAUGAGCGUCUGGUGGAGGCAACCCUGACCCACUUCCGUCAGCUGGAUUGUCUGGUCAACAACGCGGGGGGUGCUCAAUAUGGCGACACUAUUGACGUUCCACUUCCGGUGUUUGACGAGGUCAUGAGCACAAACAUCAGGGCACCCUUCUAUCUGUGUCAGCUCGCUGUGCCUCAUCUGAAGAAAACUAAAGGUUCAAUUAUCAACGUGUCCAGCGUCUCGGCACAGCUUGCAUUUCAGGGAUCAACGCCAUAUUGCCUUGCCAAAGCAGGAGUAGAUCACAUGACGAAGAUUUUCGCAACAGAGUUAGCGCCCUACGGAGUCCGCGUCAAUGCCGUGAGCCCUGGUGUCAUUUUGUCCGAGUUUCAAAGACGAGCUGGCAUGGAGUCCACCAAGUACAGCUCGUACUUGGAAAGACAAGCGACUCUUCAACCGCUAGGAGGCGCAGGGACACCGGAAGAUGUGGCGAAGGUUAUAAAAUUCCUGUUGUCUGAUGAUGCCAGCUUCGUGACUGGGCAGAUAAUCGCGGUUGAUGGAGGAAGACUGGUGCAGACCGCUAAAUAAACAGCGAGAUCACACUGGUCAAUAGUAAAAAUGACAGUGUUACAACAGUGACCGACCGCCGCUUUGAACAGUAUUUCAGUUAAACCACGUAGUAUCAACUUGAUGUGGGAGGAUAUCCAGUGAUCCAGUUUUAGGCGUUUGCCACUGUGGUCAAAACUAUGCAUGACUAUGGGUAUAGAAUUGACGUAUCAAGAACCACAAUCAGACAUUUGAAAAUAUAUUUAAGCAAGAUUCCAGAAAUCCAUAUAUCUUACGUGUCUGGGUCAAUAUGGCAAAUAAAGUACCUCUUUGACUUGACUGUAAAAACA